CUUGAUUUUACUGAAGAUUCUCGUGGAGCGAAAUAAGAUAGACUUUCAUUCAUCUCCCUCAUUUUCUUCUUUUUUUUCUCGAGUAUUUACGUGGAUCUCGUCCGGUGCUGUGAAAGAAACACCCCUCCUCUCGAGCUCCGACUACCCCGCCAACCCUUUCUUGAUCUAAACGAGACAAUCAAGCAUCAUGUCGACCUGGGGUGAACACUUCAGGGUCACUACCUAUGGUGAAUCUCACUGCCGGUCCGUCGGCUGCAUAGUCGAUGGCUGCCCCCCAGGGAUGGAGCUUACCGAAGACGAUAUCCAACCUCAAAUGACCCGGCGACGCCCUGGCCAGAGCGCUUUGACGACUCCUAGAAAUGAGAAGGACCGCGUGGAAAUCCAGUCAGGAACGGAAUUCGGUGUCACUCUCGGUACCCCGAUUGGCAUGAUGGUCCGCAACGAGGAUCAGAGACCCAAGGACUACGGUGGCAGCACAAUGGACUUGUACCCUCGCCCCAGCCAUGCCGAUUUCACCUACCUUGAGAAAUAUGGCGUCAAGGCCAGCAGUGGUGGCGGCCGUAGCAGUGCCCGUGAAACAAUUGGCCGUGUCGCCGCUGGAGCUAUCGCCGAGAAGUACCUGCGUCUCUCCCACGGCGUUGAGAUCGUCUCCUUCGUCUCAUCCGUCGGCAACGAGCACCUCUUCCCUCCCACCGCCGAGCACCCCACAGCUGCCACCAACCCCGAAUUCCUGAACCUCAUCGAGAAGAUUGACCGUGAAACUGUCGACUCCUUCGUACCCACUCGCUGCCCCAACGAAGAGGCCGCAGCCCGUAUGACCAAGGUCAUCGAGAAAUUCCGCGACAACCAGGAUAGCAUCGGCGGCACGGUCACCUGCGUGAUCCGCAACGUGCCCGUAGGACUAGGUGAGCCUUGCUUCGACAAGCUCGAAGCUAAGCUAGCGCACGCCAUGCUCAGCAUUCCCGCAACGAAGGGGUUCGAAAUCGGCUCGGGCUUCGGUGGCUGCGAAGUUCCCGGCUCCAUCCAUAACGAUCCCUUCGUAGUCUCGGACAUUGAGACCCGCACCGGCACUGAAACCGCCACCAAGCAUGGUCUGACCCCCAAGACCAACAACUCCGGCGGUAUCCAGGGCGGUAUCUCCAACGGUGCAUCAAUCUACUUCCGCGUCGCAUUCAAGCCCCCAGCAACCAUUGGUCAGGCUCAAACGACCGCCUCCUACGGUCUCGAAGAGGGCGUCCUCGAAGCCAAGGGCCGUCACGACCCCUGUGUCGUGCCCCGUGCCGUCCCCAUCGUUGAAACCAUGUCCGCCCUUGUCAUCAUGGAUGCCCUCAUGGCCCAGUAUGCUCGUGAGAGCGCGAAGAGCUUGCUCCCCCCUCUGGCUAAGACCAUCCCAACUCAACCUACCCUUAAGGCAGCGGCCGCAGGCUCUGCAUGAUUUGGGUUGAGUUCUUGUAUCCUCUUUCUUCUCAGCUUGAAUUGCUUCUGUUUAAAACGAGGUAAAGUAAAAUGCGUGGUAUGGUUAUGUUCAUGAAGUGAAGUUUCUGUUCCUCCCUUGUUUCUUUUACGGUUCAUAAAGAAAGGCCGAUUUAGUUUUAUAGCCUCAUAGACUUGAAU